CUUGCAUGACUGGCUCACCAUGAUUGGCCCCUAAUACUGCAUGUUGCAGGUGGAGAUGGGACGCCAGCGUUAUUCUUCUCACCGCCAGUUUCCCGUGUGUCCUCGCACAAUCUCAUGUCUCCUUCAUUGCCUUCAAGGGCUUCUCCCCGUCGACUCCCUCGAUCUCACUCGACCAUCCACCGCAAAAUCUUACAUCCUCCACAUUCAGACUUCUUUUCCACCCCCCUUCCAUCCCCCAGAAGCUGCCCAUCAGCACCGCGAGGGGAUUCUAUGAAAGAGCGGUGUCGUGUCUGCUUGUCAAUAAUACUAGCGGAACUCGUCCAAAAUCCCCCAGUUGAAUUCUCCUCCCUUUUUCCUGACUUCUGACGACAAUGACCCUCGAAUUCAAUGUCGCUGGGGGGGAUGCCUUGUUGGAUUUGACCACUUUCGAUCACCGGGAUCGUUAUCCGUACACCACUACAGCAUCCAGCACCAAUCCCGCGCUCUCAGCUACAGCGAUGGCUCCUACUCGCCCUCCGGGCGUAUGGCCAGUGCCUCUUGAUAUGGCAGCUCCCCAAAACACGAAUUCGAGCAAUGUGCCCUCUCCAGUCGAGUCUCAUAACCAGUCACACUCGCCCGCGCAAUCGAGUGCGAGUCCGUUACAGCAGAGCCCAUUACAGCAGAGUCCGUUACAUCACUCGCCCUACCAGACUGCUCCUCCGCAGACGCAUUCUCCGCCGCUUCUGACGGACUGGACGCUACUGCAACACCAACAGCAGCAUCCUCCCGUUCACGAUAUUAGCCAUUUCAUGCAAGAGAGCCAGGCGUUGAUGCCAUUUAACCCCUUUACCGCAAACUACCAGACGAACGCUAUUGGGUAUCUGCCUCAUGGUCCCCAAGGCGCGCUUGAAUCCGCAAUGCCGAUGGAACAGCAGGGUUUUAGUAACGUUUCUCCUAUUGAGGACGCUCGCGCUAUGCAACAGCAGUGGGAUGGUAUGGGAAUGGGAAACUGGCAAGAUUUUGGGGCUUCGUUGCAGUUUCCGUCCGACGGACUUCCGCGUUUCGGGAGCUUAGGAAGCCAAUCUCCAACGGGGACUUACCUCGAAGUUUUGUCGCUCCCAGGAUCCAGCGACAAUGGGUGGACUCAAGUCGAUAUGUAUCAGAACUAUGAAUCCUACCAGCAAGCACAGGCCCAAGCUCAAAAUGCGGCCAUUUUCAAUCCCGGCCAGACCUUGCACCUGAGGACAAACUCGGAUGCCUCUCAUUCGGAUGGAAGUGGUCAGCCAGCUGACUUCAGCAGCAGCAGCUUCGAGGAUAUAGGCUCUUUCAACUAUUCCCCGUUCUCACCGGAGUCCGACACAUAUUCGGAUCCUGCGAGCCACCGAAAUUGCUACCACGGAGAGAGCCAUCAUUCGCAUGAAAUUAUAAGUCCUGCCGCUGCUGUCGAGCCUGUGGCUAUCAAGUCUUCAACGUCGAAUCGACCUAGCCCCGCCAGCGGAUCUGGUGUGGCUUCCCCGCCUCACAACAAUGCGGCUCGCCGAAAUUCGGGUCCCAAAAAGAACAACCCUAUCCCUAAGAAUACCAAGUCGGUUAUCAGGAGAACGUCUAACGGAAAGAAGGAUGGUACUGUUGAGAAGAAGGUGGGACGUCGGAAGGGGCCGCUUCUACCUGAGCAGAGGAAGCAAGCUAGUGAGAUCAGAAAACUUCGUGCUUGCCUUCGGUGCAAGUUCCUCAAGAAGACAUGCGAUAAGGGUGAGCCUUGUGGUGGUUGUCAGCCAUCCCACGCUCGACUGUGGCAAGUCCCCUGCACUCGCAUUGAUAUCAAGGAUAUCGGUUAUUUCAUGAAGGACUGGAAAGCGGACUACGAGCGACAUCUGAGCCGGGGCGUCUCUGUUUACAAUGUGAAGGGAUUUGCGCCCAAGGAGAGUGUGAUGUGGAUUACUCAUGGCUACGGUUUCUGCUUGCCCGUCAUGGUUCGCGAAGUUUUUGUUGCGGACGAUAAAUGCUUCCAAGUUGACUGGGUUGAGUCGUAUCAAGUGGAACAAGAGCCAAUUGAGUUUGAACUCAAGACUGAGAAACUUGACGUUGGCGAAGGCGGAAUUAACCCUGACGCGCUGGCCGAGUACCUCGAUAAACACAUUGAGCAUGGCUUCGAGAAUUUCAUUGAUGACCAUUUCGAGGGCACCCCUUUCAUCACUGAAAUCCUGAAGACCGCCUACCGCUUCUAUACUAAGGAGAAGCUGCCGGUUCUCCGCAAGGCUCUGAAACUCGUCUUAGCCUACAACUUGACAAUGCACAUCACCUUGGUUGAGCAGCAGGGCUCAGAGCAAUCUAUGGAGGGUCAAAUCGACGACGAAGACUCCAAGUACUUUGGCAAAUAUGUAGCUCCUGUGAUGAUCAACUUCCAGAUUAAGUGCGCCAUGGCGGACAUGUGGCGAGAGCUACAGAAGGACAUAUUGGAGGAGCUUUCGGCGCUAUACUCGAGCGUGUACAGUGGUGACCGUCUGAAGAACUGGCCCACCAUCUUUAUGCUAGCAUCUAUUUUGCUGGCUGUCUGGGAGGAGAUGCAAUUCGACUGCCAUUACCGAGUACCUGACCCAAUGGCGGUUGAGAAGUUCUGCUCUGACAUGGAAAGCACUCCUGUCGGUGUCAUCACUGGCCUCUUCCAUGCCAUUUCUCAGAAACUCCCAGCUUUAAUUGAUUGGGACACCGAGAGACAUGGACAUCUCCUGAACAACAAUGUCGCUGUCUGCGAAGCUAUGACUGAAGUGCGACAACAUGUCCUGAAGCACGAAUCCUACCUGAGGACAAGAAACACGUCGAAAUUUGAUCGAUACGACUUUGACUCAUUAUCGAACAAGUUUUUAUCGAAGUUGGUCAUCAAAGCCAACUAGAGGGCUUCCGAUUUUGACAUGAAGAUGAUGCGAUAUGCUUAGAUUUUACGAGAAAUAUGCAUGCCAUGAAGUGCAGGCAACCUGAUAUUUUGAAUUAUUUUUUUGAAUUAUUUUUUAUUUGGAAAUAUGUCCCUCUCCUUUGUCCAGAUUGACGGAAACAUUUAGCGACGGCGUUAUUUGAGGAUAUGAUCUUAUUAUCAUGACCUGACCACUAUCACCCUUGUCGAUCAAGUACAUCUUCCCCUUCUU